CUCGAUUUGCUCGGGAAUUUUGCAUUCCAAAAAUGGAUUCAAGGAUCCCCUUACCCCUUAUAUAGACCUCUGUAUUCAUCAUAAUCUCCAAACACUCAUUUCAAUAGUUUCUAGAUAAUGGAGUUUCAUCAUGUUAUGGGGAUGGUGUCGAUUAUUUUCAUGCUGGGAUGGCUUGGUUUUGGAGAAGCGGAAGGUCAGAGAUUAUCAGUUUCCAAGGUCUUAGGGAGCGUAGGUUAUUCAGCAAUAAAUUGUCGGAAACACAGUGCAGUUUUGACGGAUUUUGGAGGAGUUGGUGAUGGGAAAACAUCGAACACAAAGGCAUUCCGAUCCGCGAUUGCCAGUCUCGGCAAGUACGCAUCGGAUGGUGGUGCACAGCUUAUUGUUCCUCCUGGAAAAUGGUUAACUGGGAGUUUUAAUCUCACAAGCCAUUUCACUCUUUUUCUACAUAAAGAUGCUGUUCUUCUUGGUUCCCAGGAUGAGGCAGAAUAUCCUCAUGUUGCAGUGUUGCCUUCUUAUGGAAAAGGAAGGGAUGGUGGAGGAAGGUUUAGUAGUCUUAUUUUUGGCACAAACCUCACCGAUGUCGUAAUUACCGGUAACAAUGGAACAAUUGAUGGCCAAGGAGCUAUUUGGUGGGAGAAAUUCAAGCAAAAGAAACUGAAGGAUACUAGACCUUACCUUAUUGAGAUAAUGUUCUCUGAUCAAGUUCAGAUUUCAAAUCUCACUUUGAUCAAUUCUCCAUCAUGGAAUGUACAUCCUAUCUACUGCAGUAAUGUCUUGAUCCAAGGACUGACAAUCCUUGCACCAGUUGAUUCUCCUAAUACCGACGGAAUCGACCCAGAUUCGUGCACAAAUACUAGGAUCGAAGACUGUUACAUUGUCUCUGGAGAUGACUGCGUUGCAGUUAAAAGUGGGUGGGAUGAGUAUGGGAUUAAGGUCGGAAUCCCUACACAACAUCUGGUUAUCAGAAGGUUAACCUGCAUUUCCCCUGACAGUGCAACCAUUGCUCUUGGUAGCGAGAUGUCUGGGGGAAUCAAUGAUGUUAGAGCAGAAGACAUCACAGCAAUCAACACUCAAUCUGGGGUGAGGAUUAAGACUGGCAUUGGAAGAGGAGGUUAUGUGAAGAACAUUUAUGCAAGAAGGUUUACAAUGAAUACAAUGAAGUAUGUGUUCUGGAUGACAGGAGAUUAUGGUUCACACCCCGACCCGGGCUGGGAUCCAAAAGCUAUUCCUAUCAUUCAAGGAAUCAAUUACAGAGAUAUGGUGGCUUCCAACGUGACCUAUUCGGCUAGACUUGAAGGAAUUCCUAAUGAUCCUUUCACUGGAAUCUGCAUUUCUAAUGUCACUAUUGGCUUGUCCAAGAAGCCUAAGGAAUUGCAAUGGAAUUGCACAGAUGUUGCAGGACUUACAAAUGGUGUGACUCCUAAAGCUUGCAAUUUGCUGCCUCUGAAGAAAGAUUUAAGCUGCAAUUUCCCAGCUGAUAAGUUGGCUAUUGAGAAUGUUCAGUUGAAAACCUGCUAUACUCGAUAAUCAUUGACGCCAAAUAUACAUUAUUACAGAGGAAUAAAGCAGAGGAAAUAUAAAUGCUUCAUAUACAUUAUUGCUUGUUCAUUCAAAUGAGAUAUAUACACAAGUUUUCUACCAUGAAAACUUGAAGAUC